CCGCGGCGCGGACCGGCAUGUCGGGCGCGCGCAUACACCAGCAAAUUGCCAAAUCCUAGCGUCGAAAGCGCCCCCAGACCACGAGCCAGUCAGAGACGGAUCUGGCCGGCCGAUGCGCGCGUGAGGCAUCGUCAGCCAGAGCCAGCUAGUGUGUUUGUGUGUGUCACUGUGGUGGUGUGUGGCCUGUCACCUCACCUGAUCCAACACAAGCGCGAGGAGGCGAAGGCGAUGCUGCAGCGGUUGGGCAUCGGGGGCCGCGCGGCGGAGGAGACCGAGCCGGCGCGCUUCGCCUUCGCCGACGCCCUCCCGGCAUGGCCGCAAGGUGGUGGGUUUGCGACGGGGAGGAUCUGCGUGGGGGAGCUGGAGCUCGCGGCGGUCACCGCGUUCGAGAAGAUCUGCGCCCUGUCGGCGACGAAGGGCGGCGGCGGCGGCGUCACGUUCUACAGGCCGGCCGGCGUGCCGGGGGGGUUCUCCGUGCUCGGCCAUUACUGCCAGUCCAACACACGCCCGCUCCACGGCCACCUGCUCGUCGCCAAGGCGGUGGCGGGCAAGCCGGAGUCGGAGUCGCUGCCGCCUCUCCGGCCGCCGCACGACUACGAGCUCGUGUGCGCGUUCCGCGCCGAUGGCGUCGGGGAGGACAGGAAGUCUUGCCGUGGGUACGGCCGCACCGGCGCCUACUUCUGGCUUCCCGUGCCGACGGAUGGGUACCGGGCGCUCGGGCUGCUCGUCACGGCUGAGCCCGACAAGCCGCCGCUCAGGGAGGUGGCGUGCGCCCGCGCGGACCUCACCGACGAGUGCGAGCCCCACGGGUCGCUGCUGCAGCUCCAGCUCGUGGGGCAAUCGGCGUGCUGGUCGUCGUCGACGGUCCCAGCGGCGUUCGCCCUGCGUGGCAUCAGGCCGACGCACCGGGGGAUGUGGGGGCGGGGCAUCGGCGCCGGGACGUUCUGCUGCGGCGCGGUGGGGCUGUCGCCGCGGGAGCAGGGCAUGGCGUGCCUCAAGAACGUGGACCUCGACCUGUCGGCGAUGCCGACGCUGGAGCAGGCGCACGCGGUGAUCCGCCACUACGGCCCGACGCUGUACUUCCACCCCAAGGAGGUGUACCUCCCGUCGUCCGUCUCCUGGUUCUUCAAGAACGGCGCCGCGCUGUGCAAGAAAGGGGAGGACGCCGCCGUGGAGCUCGACGUUGAGGGGUCCCACCUCCCGUGCGGCGAGUGCAACGACGGCGAGUACUGGAUCGGCCUGCCGGACGGCAAGCGUGGGGAGUCCAUCAUCUACGGCGACAUCGACAGCGCGGAGCUGUACGCGCACGUGAAGCCGGCGAUGGGCGGGACGUGCACCGACGUCGCCAUGUGGGUGUUCUGCCCGUUCAAUGGCCCGGCCAGGUUCAAGUUGGGGCCGAUCACCAUCCCGCUCGGCAAGACCGGGCAGCACAUCGGCGACUGGGAGCACUUCACGCUCCGCGUCAGCAACUUCACCGGCGAGCUCAUGGCCGUCUACUUCUCGCAGCACAGCGGCGGGCGGUGGGUGGACGCGUCCGCGCUCGAGUACACCGCGGGGAACAAGCCGGCGGUGUACUCCUCCCGGAACGGCCACGCCAGCUACCCGUUCCCGGGCGUGUACCUGCAGGGGUCGGCGGCGCUCGGGAUCGGCAUCCGGAACGACGCGGCGCGGAGCGAGCUGGCCGUGGAUUCCAGCGCCAAGUACAGGAUCGUGGCGGCGGAGUACCUCGGCGAGGGCGCCGUGGAGGAGCCGCGGUGGCUCAACUUCAUGAGGGUGUGGGGGCCGACGGUGGUGUACAAGUCGAGGCAGAGGAUGGAGCGGAUGACGAGCGCGAUGCACCGCCGGCUGAGGAGCCCCGCAGAGAGGAUGCUGAACAAGCUGCCCAACGAGCUGUCCAGGGAGGAGGGGCCGACGGGGCCCAAGGAGAAGAACAACUGGGAAGGGGACGAGCGAUGGUAGGAGGCUGAGGAUUUGUCAUUUGUGCUUUGGUGUGUCUGUUUGUUUCGUUUUGGUUCAGGUGUUUUACGGUUACUGGAGCAGCUUGUACUGUGACAGAGAUGUAGUACUACGUGAUUAUUAUUCAUGAUUGAGGGAACAGAUUUGCUAUUGUUUGUACUUUGUAGGCUAUUAUUAUACUGUCCACUACUACUACAGUACGUGAGAACAAGGGACUACCUACUUGAGUAUUUUGUCAAACCGAUUUUGUUUCGAUUAGUAAUCCAGUAUGGUUGCAACCA